GUCCAACGGUGAUGCAACAAGGUUAUUAUCAUACGCCCAAGCAAUGCAUAUACCUCUUUCGAGCAGUAGAACAUACCUUCCAAUCUCUCAAAGUACUAGGUUUCAAGUAGCUUGCAUCAUGAUGAAGUUUCGCACGGCCGCACUUAUGUUAUCUGCAUAUGAUUCGCAAAACGCGGUCCACUCAAUAUCCGAAUUCUAUCUCUUGACCUCCAUCCACCAAGAUGUCUGAUCCCGUAGCAGACAAAUCCACUUUUCUUUCCAUGUAUAUGACCAACCACCCAGACACGCUGGUGGCAUAUGUCAAACACUUCGGGAAAGUCACUGAACACGUCACCAGCGCCGAAAUGAAGGCAAUCGACUCCAAGAGUAUGACGCUCGCCUACAAGACCAAGGAGGUCAGCGAGAAGAGAACAGUAAAAGUAGAAUUCGAUCCUCCACUUGCCGGUUAUGAAGAGGUCAAGCCGCGUUUGCUGGGCAUGAAAGCUGAAGCGCAGGAGGGUCUUGGAAUGAUUAAAGCUCCUCAACUUGCGAAUUUCCAAAUGCCAUGGAGAGGCUCAUUCAUGUCUGGCCUCUACGUGCUGACCUUCUUCUACCUGACACUCCCUCCCAAGGGUCCUCUAGGCGACCACGUCAUUUUUACUCCUCCUCGCGCUAUCAGCUCUGCAAUAGGCUUCGAAUUCGCGCCCAAGGUCAUUCUAGGAAUUUUCGGUGGAAUACAUCUGCUUGAAGCAGUGUAUACGUAUUCUUUGUGUAGAAAAUAUGUCAAGGGAUUCUUCCCAACGGUAGCAUACCUGGUCGGCACUUGCAUUUUUGGGUUUCCUAUGUGGACAGAUCUAAGGAAACGUGUUCAAGAUGCGCGCAUUGAAUCUGUAAUGAAAGUGGAAUAAAUGCUAUACAUAGUUGUAGCACAUUUAUUGGAAUCGUCAUACAUUUCCUCAGU